GUUUAUCUCACUCGCGGGUAAACGAAAUUACGGCUGUUCACAGGCAAUUUCCUCACCCGGUCCAUGUCUUGAAAGAGAAGGCGGCAUUUCAAAAGAGGUGAUUACUCCAUGCUUAUUAUUUGUACACACAAUUAGUUGCUCAUGCCAUUCUUAUAUAGCUCCUAAUCGCCCUACUAAACAUUUUACCUUCAGUUAAUAUACAUUGAACAAUAAUCCUUUUAUGAUGGUUUCUGGAUCACUGAGCAGCUUCUCAUCAGCAGUUAGCAAAACUGGAGGAUGUAUAAGUGGACUUUAUGAACUCAUAGAAAAAUCUCAAGAAUUUUUACUGAGAAAUGUUCAAACAUUGGACUCUAUCUUUGAAGAAUUCGAUAUUGAAAAAUUUGGAAUAUUGCAUGCAGCUAUAUUACAUACCAAAUAUAUUUCACAGACACCUGGUGACAAAGAAUGGAUGAUAAUUCAAACUCAAAAUUUCUUUAAUCUCUGUACUCCAGAGUCGAUGCAAAAGGUUCCAUCUUAUGUUCGUGUAAUUUCACAUGAAUUUACCAACUGUUUAAUAAAUAUGGGAGCUGCACAUAAAGGAAUCGGAUGCAUACUAAAUGGUAUUCGGAAACUUCAGAAAUCUCCAGAGUACCUUACUCCACUCCACUGUGAUCUUUGUCAGCUUUCAUUGGCUGCUAAAAUGUUUAGCCCAACACUUUCAGUACUAAAUACAGAUAUACUGGAAAUUGAAAGUAGUUCAGCUCUUGAAUUAAAUGAUUACUUACUGUAUUUUUACUACGGGGGGAUGAUUUAUGGAGCGGUGAAAAAUUGGGAGAGAAGCUUGCAUUUUUUUGAAUUGUGUUUACUUGUUCCUGAAGCCUCAACAAGCUGCAUUCUAACUGAAGCCGUCAAAAAAAUCAUAUUAAUAUCUCUUAUUGUAAAUGGGAAAUUCAGUAUGAUCCCUGAUGAGCCCGUUAUGCUUUUUACAUCGCCACGACCAUGGAAAUGCCACUGUCAAGCGUACUUGGAACUGGCUGCAACAUUUAAAUCUGAUAAUCCUGAAGAUUUGAUCCAUCUUGUUAAUCUUCAUCGCGAGACAUUUGUGGCAGAUUUCAACUUUGGAUUGGUUAAACAAGUUGUCAAAUGCCAUGUACAGUUUCGCAUUCAAAGUCUAACAAAGACUUUUAUGACACUGUCUCUUAUUGACGUUGUCACGCGUGCAAAGCUUUCUGCGACACACGAAGCUGAAAAGUUUAUUUUGGAUAUGAUCAAAUCAAAGUCUAUUCUUGCAAGUAUUAAUCAACAAAGCGGAACUGUUCACUUUCUCGAUGAUCCUGAACAUUACGAUUCAGCUGAAAUGCUCCGGAUCCUUCAAGAUAAGAUGAAUGAAUGCAUGAAGCUGGAACGCUACUUUAUGCAGCUAACUGAUGAAUUGGUAACAAAUCCUGCCUACGUUAAACGAAUGCUUGAACUCGAAACGAAAACGACGAAGUCAUCGGCGCAGUACUAAACACAAACUCCUGUCAAAGAAAAGUAUUAAUUAGUUUUAUUUUGCCGUCUGUUUGUAUUUGUACAAAAUUGUGUUUUUUUCUUCGAAGUUAACGUGCUUUGCUGAAAUAAAAAAACAAAACAAGAAAUUGAAUCAGAAAAAAAAAAUCCACUUCACAUAAUUUUUCCUUAAAUUUUAUGCCUUCAAUGAGUAAAAUAAUAUUACUUCAAAUACUUGACUUUUAAUCCGUAGUGUUUGUAAGUUUGUUCAAUACUUAAUUUUUCGAUGUAUUUUUAUUUUCCUUCGUCCUUUCUUUUACUGAUUGCACUUAUACCAGAAAUACGAAAUAAAUGUUAUUUUGUACAUAAAUCAAA